AUGUCGAAUCCUUUCGAACUCGAGAUCAAGGAUGACUCUACCACUUCCGGUGAUGAGGCCCCACCUCAUGCCUCGCCGAUUACACCGCCUGAGGAGUUACGUGCUCUCAGUGAACAAUGGCAAGUCCCCACCUUAAGAUACGUUUACAAUUCACCACAUGAGGCUCCAACUCAAUUUGAUGAAAUUAUCACUGAAGAUAGUGAAGACCGUUCAUUUCCAAUUCCAGCCCUACCACAGACUGUUGAUGAAUCGGAUAGUUUUGAGGAAAUGCCCUAUUCCCUUGGACAGCUGACGCCUAUUGCAUUUGGACAAGUUGGGAUGAGGAAUUCACUAGCCAAUGCCGAACAUAGACAGAGUCUUCAACUGGGAAAAUUUUUGAUUCAGGAGCAACAAGAAGCUUUGGUUAGCCUUAGACGUUUAACUCAGAUGCAACUCGGAACAUUGGACAACCAUCAAAUAGAAGCCCUAACUGAACACCAGACUUUCGUGGAAUCCGAACCCCCAACUCAGCCACAUGAUUUAUACACUGAGCUUUCUGAAGAAGAACCCUCGGAAAGUUUGUCUCCCAUUAAUAGUGGCGACUCCUAUAUCGCUUACCUCAAAUCCAGCCCCACGCCACCGACUAUCGGUGACCCCAUCUUCAGACCAUCGAUCGUCGAUUCACCUAGAGUCCGUCGAAUCUUACGGGCACUCCCCACCGAUAACGACCGACAAUGUAUCGGUGAAUUCAUCUUGAAAUACAGACACCGCCUUGAUGAAACAGAACGUGAGUUCACAACAUUAAAUGACGAGUUAUUCAACAUUGUCAAUGGUAUCCUCGACCACUUCUCCCAAUUAACGUUGGAGGAGAGAGAAAAGCUUGACGAAAAGGUGAAGAAGUGUCAAAGUGAUUGGGUAGAAACAAUUGGUGACAUCAACGAACAUGAACGACAAGUAUCUGCAAACGCUGCUCCCAAAGCAUGGGACUUGAGUCAGAUUGAAGCGAAGGCGAAAUUCAGAGAAUCAGUGUGGAAACUUGUCCAACAGUACAAAACAAUUUAUCUUGACGAGACCAGGCUUAGCCCCGACCACAUGUACACGAUUGACUGGGCAUUUGAUCUGUUUCAGGAGAACAUGAUGCCGUUUGCCGAUGCCACAUCAGCCGUCCACGACUUGCACCGCAUACAGGAAGAGACCCUUGGAGACACUGAUGUCUACCCUCUUGAAUGUCAGUAUAAUUACUUUGAAUUUGGCGUCAAGUUCCCCGAUGGCGACAAGAUGCUCUCGUUAACUUUUGAGGAGCCGGAAGCCGAUGGAUAA